UCAGGGAAGAAUUUUAACACAGAUUGCUUAAAAGGCCCAGCUAUGAAGCCACAAUUGUGUGGCUUUAGAUAUCUUCUUCCUUCUUCCUUGUAUAUCGAUCAUGGCUACCCAAUGGUGGUCCGAGAAAACCGUGGCAGUGGUCACUGGUGCUGGCAAGGGAAUUGGCCUGGAAAUCGUGAAAGCCUUGGCAAGCCGAGGUAUCUCUGUUGUUCUGACGCUCCGCGACCAAGUUGCGGCGGAAAAGGUUGCUCAAGAUCUGAUAAGCGCGGAUCCCAAGCUCAAGGUCUACGCCUCCCCUCUGAACAUCACACUUCCGGAAUCUGUGGAAGCGUUUGGAAAGUGGAUCCAAAACAAGUUUGGAGGGAUUGAUAUUCUUGUGAACAAUGCGGGGCUGCUGCUGGAUCCUGUUCAUCACAACCUCGAGGAAGCAAAACCCGUGCUGGAAGUCAAUUACUAUGGCACCAAACGCUUCAUAAAGGAGAUGCUCCCACUCAUGAGAGAAUCCGACCAUGGGCCUCGCAUUGUCAACCUUAGCACGCUUGGAUCACGCCUAGACAUCCUCGGCAACGAAUGGAAGGACAAGCUCUCCGACGUGGAAAACCUGAGCGAGGAGCUCAUCGACGACUUUGUGAGCGCAUAUCUGCGUGAUGUCGAGGAAGGCAAGCAAUUCGGCAAAGGGUGGCCGGAGAUGUAUGCAAGAACCGAUUACUGCGUCGCCAAGAUGGCCCUGAAUGCGUACACGCGGCUUGUGGCCCGAGAGACGGCAGCCCAGGGCAGAAAGUUCGGAAUCAACUGCACCUCUCCGGGGCACACAAGUUGCGUUAUGUCAGGCCACACGGGGCAUUCUCCGUCCGAGGGUGCACUCACUGCAGUGUGGCUGGCACUGGAGCCACCGCCGCCCAGCUCGGGUGGCUACUUUGUGGAUCGCAAGAGCGUGGGAUUUGUGGAGAUUCCACUCCUCUACCACGGCAAGCUCAUCUAUGAUCCCGAGGGCAUCAAGAAGCACCUCCUGGAUAACGCAAAUUACACGCACCACAAGUGAAAGUUCAGCAGAAUUCAUUGUCUAUCUGGAUGCAAGGUGUGUACAAUAUGCAAGAAAUGUAAAUUUGUGGGGUGGUCAAUGUUUAGUGUGGUUAAUGAAACGAGUUUAAAACAUCCCUCGAGAAAGGAAUGGUUGGUAGCGCGUUGCCUUGAAUGACUUACGUACAUAUGGGACAUAUGUUGGUGGAAAUUUUUUGUGUAUGGUGGGUGUCACAUUGUACAUACGCUGUAUGUGGUCUUGGGCAAACGAGUACAAGCAUUAGAGGAUUGGUGAUGUUAGUAUCGAACUACAGAUGGGACCAACAAAAGUUAAGAAAAGCAGCAAACUUCUUUUGCGCAAAAGAAAUAAAGCUCUUACGCUCUUUCAAGAAAAA